ACACUAAUUCUAACCACAAAAUAUUGAAAAUUUUAACAUAUUUAAGAAAAAUGAUUAGACAAACUUCAAUAGAUUAUAGUAAAUUAUUCGAUGUGAAAUUAGAAGAAAAGUUAAAACCUAUCGAUCAAACGAUUGAUAACAUGUUAACUCGUUUGGAGGAAUGCGAAACAAUGAUCGCUUUGGUACAACAAGAACGAUGUAAUUCUGUUGGUUUAACUGGUUCUUUAUCUCAAGCUGUAGAUAAUCGAGCUGAAUUAAAAGAAAUGUACAAAAAAAUCAAUGCUUUAGAGAAAUUGGUCGAUCAUGUUAAUAAUAAUGUUGAGACAUUAGAAAGAAAAAUGGAUGAAGCUGAAAAACAUUUUGGGAUUAGUGAUAGUAUGUUAAAAAGUUUUUUUGGGCCAAUUUUUAAAAAAGUUGGUGAUGCACCUGAAGGAAGUGCUUCAAGUAGUGGUAGUAGAGAUGUAUUUAGUACUGAGGAUUAUUUUAAUGUUGCUGAUCAAAGCCAAGAGGAGGGUGGGCCAAGUGAGGCAUAAAAUGCUUAAUAGAUAUUAUAAUAAUGUGUAUAUAAAUAAUAUAAAUUAGUUAGUUCUUCUAGUUAUAUGCUAGAUAAAGAAACCUACCUUUUUACAUUUAUUGUGAUAAUGAGAAAAAUAAAGUAUUUCCAAAAUAUGUGCUA